AUGUCGUCUUGUAAUGGUCUUACGACUGUCACGAAGUUGCAGGAAGCUGGAGUGAGCUUCGAGAAAGUGUUCCAGAAAUACUUACUUGAUAUUAACUUUUUGAAUGAUCCUGUCUUAAGCUGGUUUCUAUGCUUGGGAUGUAUAUCAAAAUUCACAUGCUUCGAAGCCCGUUUACAAAUCCCGCAGUUGAAAAUAGAAGACACGACGGAAUGUGUUCUAAGAAAUCUCAUUGCCUUCGAGAGGUGUCAUUACUCAGAUCAACCUUAUAUCUGCAGCUAUGUCUUUUUCAUUGAUUCUCUCAUUCACACCAAAGAAGAUGUUGAAUUGCUGGUUGAGAAAGAAGUCACUGUUCAUGAACUUGGGAGUGAUAAGGAAGCAGCGACUUUGGUGAACAGUCUCUGCAAACAUGUUGUGACCGACAAGACAUGUCAUAAAAGCAUCAUAGAUGGUCUGAAUGGACAUUACCAGAAGGUUUGGAAUCAUACAAUGGCUUCGUUAAGGUUGGUGUGCUUUCGAGAUCCUUGGAGAGCAAGUUCAACUGUGGUUGGAAUUGCUGUUCUCAUAUUUGCAGUUUUCAACUUUUAUCGAGUGGUUAAAUCAAUAUAUUUACAUCCCACAGCUCCCCAUUGGUUUUGAUUUUAUAUAUAGUUGUCAUCUGAUAUAUAGUAUUGUUGAUUCAGUAUGUUAAUUAUUUACUCUUAAGAAAUGAAUGGUGAAAUGUGUCUAAAAUGAUAGGUUCAGAACUUCUGCCUAAAGAAAUUCAUGGUGCUUAUUACUUUAUUCCAGUUCUUGCGAUUUUAUUGGAGAGGUCUGGGAUGAUGAAUGAUGAUUGAGGGA